AUGCACUCCUUACCCCACACCUGGCAUCAUCCUCACAAUGCGGCUUCAUUAGUACGUGAAGCCAAGGCCAAUAUGGCUCCAGAUAAAGUGCUAGAAACUGCUCAGACCUACCUACAACUUCUUAACAGCAACAACAAUGUCAGCAGCGAAAAGAAACUGAAAUACGAGUACUAUAUCACUAAUCUAUGCACUAAGCUAGAAGACUUGAAGAGUAAAGUAGAUUACGAAGAGCCAGAGAAGAGUAGUAUACGAAGAAGGAACAGCAAAAACAUUACCGAAAACUUUGCAUCAUACGUUAUACCGACCUAUGUUACUGAGGUUGAUAGUGAAGAAGAUUUGGGAUAUCGAGAUUCAGAAGAGACCGUUAAGAUCGAGGAGAUUUACUACAAAACUUUGCCGGUAAGUCUAGUCCUACCAAACAGUACCCUACCGUAGUCUACUCUACUUUGCCCUACUUUGCCCUACUUUACCCUAUCCUACCUUACCUACACUUGUCUUAAUAUAUCAUAACGCUCUCCUACUCUACCCAAAAAAUAAAAACAUAUUUCCAGUGGUUCCUCCUCCCGAUUCCUCACAUCCUCUACUUCUUUGUCAUGUUCGGCUUCGUCUAUGGUGGAGCCGUCGCCUUCUUAUUCGUGGAACCAUCGCUAAAAGAAGCCCCAUUCGAGAAACUGGUAUUGAAUGUAUUCGACAGUGGAUCAAGAAUGGGCUGGGGACAACUACCCCCAACUACACCUUCUGGACGAAUAUUUAUGACCGCUUAUUGCAUGAUCAUCGUAGCCAUGGUAAAUGGAUUCAUUGCUACUGUCGGCAACAUCAUGGCCAACUUUUACUGUGUUCAUCUGCCGGUUCUGAAGGCUAAGUGGAGGGGUAUUGUGAGUUUUUACAUUUUCAAAAAAAAUUUUUAAUUUAAGAAUUUUCAAAAACAAUUUAUUUCAGCAAAGUGUCAAAGUGAAGGAUAUUGGCCAGGAAAUGCCAUUAAAAGCAGCAUUUUCCGUAACCGUCUUCAUGGUACUAUUAGGGUACUAUUUGUGGUGCUAUCAGUUCGAUAAGAUGGGCAUUGUCGAUGUCACUUAUUUUAGGUAACAAUUUCAAUAUUUUUCAAUUUGGUUUAUUUAUAGCCUCUGUUAAGCCUAGAAAGCUGUUUUUAUGCUUAAAAUCCACUUUUGUUACCUAAAAACUCAAAACUCUAUUCCAAAGUGGCAGUCAGUUAUUUUAGGUGAUAAUUUCAAUUUUUUUAUUUUGACGGUUUAUGACCUCUGUUAAGCCUAGAAACCUGUUUUUAUGCAUACACGACCCAUUUGUUACCUAAAAACUCAAAACUCUAUCUCAAAGUGACAGUCACUGAUUUUAAGUAACACUUUCCAACGUUAAGCCAAUUUAAAGCCAAUUAAGCAUACAAACCGCAUAAAAUAGCCAAAAAUUGCCAUUUUACCUACGCCCUUUCAGUGUAAUGACCAUGAUGGCAGCGGCAUUCGGUGACAUCCGCACCGAACCCUCAAACCACCUCGAACUCGUGGUUAUCAUGCUCUACUACAUCGUUGGCAUCGCUCUUUGGGGCGGGAUUUUCGUCCUCCUCACCUCUUAUAUCACUGAUAAAUUCGUGAAUCGAUGUCAACAAUUCUUGCGAUGGACAAGAAGAUGCUACCUCAGAAGGAAGUAUCAAAAACGAGUUCAACAUCAAAGCUAA